AUGUUCAUGGCAAGAUCCGAAUACGACCGGGGCAUCAACACCUUUUCCCCCGAGGGUCGUCUCUUCCAGGUCGAGUACUCCCUCGAGGCCAUCAAGCUCGGCUCCACCGCCAUUGGCGUUGCCACCUCCGACGGCGUCGUCCUCGGCGUCGAGAAGCGCGUCACCUCCACCCUCCUCGAGACCUCGUCCGUCGAAAAGAUUGUCGAGAUCGACCGCCACAUCGGCUGCGCCAUGUCAGGCCUCCAGGCAGAUGCCCGGUCCAUGGUCGAGCACGCCCGUGUUGAGUGUCAAAGCCACGCCUUCAACUACAACGAGCCCCUCGGCGUUGAGAGCUGUACCCAGGCCAUCUGCGACCUUGCCCUGCGCUUCGGCGAGGGCGCCGACGGCGAAGAGACUAUCAUGAGCAGGCCCUUUGGCGUCGCCCUGCUCAUUGCUGGCUUCGACGAGCAAGGGCCCCAACUCUUCCACGCCGAGCCCAGUGGCACCUUUUAUCGAUACGAUGCCAAGGCCAUUGGCUCAGGCUCCGAGGGGGCCCAGGCAGAGCUGCAAAACGAGUAUCACAAGUCCCUCACCAUUACCGACGCCGAGACUCUGGUCUUGAAGACGCUCAAGCAGGUCAUGGAGGAGAAGCUGGAUGCAAAGAACGUACAGUUGGCCAGCGUCACCAAAGACAAGGGCUUUAGGAUAUACACUGAUGAGGACAUGGCCGCCGUCGUCGAGCGGCUGCCUGCCAACUGA